UAUCAACCUUCCCCUGGCCGUGUCCUUCUCCGCUUCAGCUCGCACCAACUCUCCAGGCCUGAUCAUCGUGUAGCCGGUUAUAUUGGAAAUAGUCUGAGCGACGGUCUGAUUGCCAGCACCAGGAACUCCGUUAACGAAUAUCACUGGUGCAAACGACUUGCUCUCGAGAAGCGAGCUCUGGCUAUCAACUUCAGUCCUCAAGAAGCCUUCAACACCAGUGAACCGAUAGAGUAUACGUGUGAGGUUCUGAAAUGUGCCGAGUCACUGGGUGGAUUGUCAUUGACCAAUGAUACUAGAUAUGACUAUUACAGUAUAUUUGCCAAUCCUACACCUAUUGUAAACUCUACCUGCGUGCCAGCAACUGGCAUGUUCUAUCUCCUGCCCGAAAAACUAAACUACACUCAAGCACAGGCGCAAUGUCGUAACAUUAGUGCAGUUCUGGCUGAUGUCACCAGCGAACAGAGGACUGACGUGCUUGCCCAAGUGCUCGCCAGUGCUAGCGUACAUUCCGCAUUUGUUGGCAUGAAACGAGAUAACAGUCGUACCUUUUAUAAAAAUAAUGGUGACGCAUUAGAAUGCAUCACAUACCGCGCCUGGGCACCUGGUCAUCCCAAAAGAAACUCCAGUAUGUCCUGUGUCGCGCUCACGAGGAACCGAACGUGGAAAACUUUAGCAUGCAAAGAAAAUUAUCAAGCUCUAUGUGAACUGAUACCCGGAGGUCCUUACAAACCUGGAUCUAUAUUAGCAUCAAGACAACAAAAUGACAUAGAAAAACAGCGUGAAUACGAAAAUUAAACAAAAAAAGUUUAACUCUUAGUAACCGCUAAGGCUAUUUGGAUUAAUAAAUUUCUUGUAAAUAAGUAAAUAACUCAUAAGUAAAA